CCUGCCCACUGGUUUGAUGUUUGAACUACUAGCCUGCUGCUAACACUGUUCGUUUGCUAACAACAUUUCCGAAUCCACUUGUUACAAAUGUCGUACUUCAUUUGGAAUCUUACAUGCUAACAUAAGUCCUGUUUUUGGUUUAGUGGAGUAGUUAAGCUAUACAUAUCAUCCCAUCCUUUCGUCUGCUUCUGCUGGAAUUCAACAAUUUCACCAGUCAUUCAUCAGCUGUGGACUUUAAACGCCAUUUCAAGCCGGAAGCAGUUUUCCUGUCAGCAAUGAUGGUAACUCUUACCAAAGAUGUUUUACUUCGCUGAGACUGUUCCACUUUACCAAGAUGUCAGUUGGACUCUGAAGGUGAGGAGGACUACUUUGAAGACUCUGCUUCACGAUGGCGACAGCAGCGUGGCUCCCUUUUGCCAGGGCAGCAGCCAUUGGCUGGAUGCCUGUUGCCAACUGCCCCAUGCCUGUUUCACCGACGGACAACAGUAAGAGACAGGACGAGCUGAUCAUUCUCAAUGUCAGCGGCCGUCGCUUUCAGACCUGGAGAACCACUCUGGACCGCUACCCUGACACCCUGCUGGGCAGCUCUGAAAAAGACUUCUUUUACAAUGAGGACAUCAAGGAGUACUUCUUUGACCGAGACCCUGAUGCCUUCAGGAGCAUCCUCAACUUCUACCGGACAGGGAAGCUUCACUACCCCCGCCAACAGUGCAUCUCAGCCUACGAUGAGGAGUUGAUCUUUUUUGGCAUCAUCCCUGAGAUCAUCGGCGACUGCUGCUACGAAGAGUACAAGGACAGAAAGAGGGAGAAUAUAGAGCGGCUGCAGGAUGAUCAGGAGGAGAACAAGGACAUGAAGCUGCCCCACAUGAACUUCAGGGAGACCAUGUGGCGGGCCUUUGAGAACCCCCACACCUCCACCAUGGCCCUGGUCUUCUACUAUGUCACUGGUUUCUUCAUCGCCAUCUCGGUAAUCACAAAUGUUGUGGAGACGGUGCCCUGUGGUUCCACGGCCAACCAGAAAGACAUGCCAUGUGGUGAACGCUACACGGUGGCAUUCUUUUGCAUGGACACCGCCUGCGUCAUGAUAUUUACAGUGGAGUAUCUGAUGCGCCUGUUUGCCGCGCCUAGCCGCUACCUUUUCAUGCGUUCAGUGAUGAGCAUCAUCGAUGUGGUGGCCAUCUUGCCGUACUACAUCGGCCUGGUGAUGUCCAACAACGAGGACGUGAGCGGCGCCUUUGUGACGCUGCGCGUGUUUCGAGUGUUUCGUAUCUUCAAGUUCUCCCGUCACUCGCAGGGCCUGCGGAUCCUGGGUUAUACACUGAAGAGUUGUGCUUCAGAGCUUGGCUUCCUCCUCUUCUCACUCACCAUGGCCAUCAUCAUCUUCGCCACGGUCAUGUUCUACGCAGAGAAGGGCUCCAGCUCCACCAAGUUCACCAGCAUCCCAGCUUCCUUCUGGUAUACUAUUGUCACCAUGACGACGUUGGGGUAUGGAGACAUGGUGCCAAAGACAAUCGCCGGGAAGAUCUUUGGCUCCAUCUGCUCCCUGAGCGGCGUGCUGGUAAUCGCUCUGCCCGUCCCUGUUAUUGUCUCCAACUUCAGUCGCAUCUACCACCAGAACCAAAGAGCAGACAAACGUCGCGCUCAGAAGAAAGCCAGACUGGCCAGGAUAAGGAUAUCCAAGUCUGGCAGCACCAACACCUUCCUCCACAACAAACGCAACGGACUGCUCAACGAAAUGCUGGAGCUGACGGACACAGAAGAGGAUGAGCAGAACCGGACUAAGUCCACCUCUCUGUUACAGAGCCAACAUCACCACCUACUGCACUGUCUGGAGAAAACCACUGCUCAUGAGUUUGUGGACGAGCAGAUGUACGAGCAGAACUGUUUAGAGACAGUGCUACAGACUUACCCGUCACCCAGCCCCUCCAUAUCCAGUUCUGUGGGUACCUGCUGUGGCUGCAGGGUAAAGAAAAACACUCCUCUGCCCAACGCCAGCCUGCCCUCCACCUACCCCGUCCCAUCAAACCAGUGCCCCCUGCAGGAGCUUAGUGCCAUCCACAUACAGUGUGGUGACCCAUCGUCACACACUGCCAGUCGUUUAAACCUCAACCUGAAAACCAAUGAAAGCAGCAGGAUCAACUGCAAAGGCGGCCGGAUCACCACAGCGAUCAUCAGCCUCCCAUCGCCCCCCGCUUUGACCCCUGAUGCCGAUGGCCUCCGCGGGCCCCCACAGAGGAGGCCACCCCAACCCCCAGGUCACCCUGCAACUCUGAGCAUCCAGACCACAACAAGCUCAGCUGGCACCAACAUCGUCAAAGUCUCUGCACUGUGACUCUCUGGCUGACGGAGUAAGGAGUAGAGAAACUAGGAAGAAGAAGAAGAAGACGAAGAGGAGGAGGAGGAGGAGGAGGCGAAGCAGGUUACCCUACCUUUAUGGACGCACCAUGUCCCAUCUCACAGGGUCAACAGGAAGAGCGCUGUACUCCAGAGAUGAUGUGGAGGUAAACGAUUGUAGAUAUGUGAACCGAGAAUCACGCACUCGUCAUGUCGUGUAUGUACUGUAGAUACGGACAGAGCCGCUGCAUUUCUAAUAGUUUCUAACAGCAGUACAGAUGUUUUACAGCAAGUACCAUGGAAAAGAUUGAAAGACAUUGUGCAAUUAGGAUAUCCAUACAUCAGCAGAUGCUGUUCAACAUACCAGAAAUUCACAGUAAAUUUAAAGUGAAUUUGCAGUGAAAUAGAGAAAAGGAUAUUUCGUUCACUUUAAAUGUGUUUGAAGAAGGAUGAAGAAAAGUGUUAAUCUGUUUACUUGAAUUUGAUGGGUCUCAUUUGCGUUAUGUGUUGUUUGUCUUAAGUAUUUUGAAGUAAAAAAAUGUAAUAAAAUUAUUAUUAUUAUUAUUAUUUUACAGCAUCAUUUGAAAAGUCACAGUACCGACGAUGCUGCUAAUAUAUCGCUGAAAUGUGAGUUUGAUGUGUCUGAGACUAAAAAGAGUGGGUUUUUUUGUUCAAAACUGUAUCUAUUCAUCAUAUCAAAGACUCAAACCAAACUGUGCUUUUUAUUUGCUUCCUGUUAAAAUUUCUAACUGGAGUUUGACUACAGGGAGUGAGUCUGAAAGACACUGUCUUCAUGACUUAUAGGUUUUAAUACUGAGGUGAGACAAAGUAGUAGUUCUCAACCUGAUAAUCCUCCAGCUGACCACAAAAUGACUUAUGAGUAAAGUUUUUAUUUUUUGAUUAAAAGAAUAAGGCCAUCUUUAUUUUCUAUUUAUUCUUAGUGUCAACAAAUCACAUGAAAAGAUCACAGCAGUGUGUCAGCCUGUCUCUCAAAACUGUCUCACCUUCUCACCCUCUCUGUCAAGCAAAUGUUGCUCCAACAUUUCAGUUCAUCCAGUGUGGUUCACUGAUGUGUUUUUAUGAAGGUUUAUAUCAGGCUUUGGUCUACACAGGUUUUGUUAGGAGGAUCGAAUCAUUGUUGAUUUUGGUCAUUUCACUAGAUUUGUUGGGAAAAAUAGAGAAUAUUUCCAGCCUUAACCCCUUAGUAUUUUUACUAUACCAGUAUGUGAUCUUGUGUAUAUACAUGUGAGGCUUUUUGUUCUGAGGAAUAAGUAAAAGCUGCAGCUGUUAUGCUGCCUCUACUCGCAGAGUGUUGGAGGCUGAGAGGGAGAUGAAAAAAAGGUAAUGUGUGUAUUGUACAUGAGUGUGAGUGGGCAUUUUAGGUAUUGAAUGCCAAAAAGGUUGAUCACCACUGUCAAACAACCAACCCAGAACAUUACAGGAAAACAGCCAAUUCAUGUUCAAUCCAGCUUUUUUUUAAGCUAAACCUGAAACUAAAAAGUUACAUGAAAACCUGAUUAUUAUUUGUAGAUAUUUAAAAUUGAGAGAAAAAGGGUAAAAUAUGCAAAUACAAAAAUGGUUUUGGGGGAAUCCAGUCACUCUUGUUUUGGCUGGAAAUUUUAUUUUGUCAUCUUCUGUCUCUUUUUUCCUUUCAAUAACUUCUAACAAAGCCUAAGUUGCUUCCCUUCAGUUGUACCACUUUGUGUCUUGAGUUAAACAGUCAAUGAAAAGAUAUUUCACAGCUGA